AUGAAAGCUAUUGCUGUGAAAUCUGAAAGCUAUUGGCAAUGCUGUGCUAUUGACAAUGCUGAUGAUGUUGAUUCACCGGUUUGGACCGAAAGUGAGGACAAAACUUUUCUUGAUGCAUGUAUCCAUGAACUAACCACUAAUGGUCGUGAGGGUUCUGGGCUUAAGGUGAAACUGAAAAACAAAACCGGCAAUAUAUAUGAUCCUAUAAAAAAUAAAUUUAAUCUGACCGAUGAACAAUGGAAGGAAGAGGGGAAGUUGAACAAGUACGUGCUGUCAUUGAAAACUAGACCCCUGCUGUUUCCUGAUCUUUGCACACAACUAUUUGAAGGAUCGACCUCAACCGGCUUUCAAAGUUGGGGGCCAUCUUCUACAGUCCCUCGUCCUGUAGAAGAAUUUAGUGCCCAUGAUUUUGAUGAUGGUGUUCCAAUGGAAACCUCAACACAACACGUAGGUGUAAGUGAAGAAUCUUCGGGGCGUUCAAAAAAUACAAAAGUUGGUGGAAACAAAAGAGUUGGUGGGAAAAAAAGAGAUGCAAGGGCAUUAGAAGUUGAAGAGGAGAUUGUCAAGCUUGCAAGGUCGUUAGUAGAAAAAAAUGAAAGAAUUGAAAAAAGUGAAAAGGAUAAGGAUGUUGAUGCGUGUAUGGAGAAAUUAAACAAAAUGGAAUGGGGAAAAGAAGAUGAAAGAUACAAGACCGCUCUUUUGCUAUUUGGUGAAAGUGCUGAUGUUUGA